AUGGAGGCGACCGCCGGCCUUGCAGAGGCGGGCAGCAGCAGCAGCAGCAGCGAGCUGGAGCUGCUCCAGUGGCUGCUGCACUGGUCCGGCACGAUGCGGCACCCGCGGGCCGGUCCCUGGGCGGGUCGCGCCUUCUACCUGCUGAACGCGACCGCGUCGGCGGCCAUCGUGCUCUUCCUCUGCUCGCAGGGGGUCGCCAUCUGGAGGGAGGGCACGCGCGACCUGGACCGCUUCACACUCAUGCUCUCCACCUUCAACACAAUCGCCACGUGGCUCUUCCGUCUCGGCCACAUAGCCGUCCACGAGCACCAAUUCCACUACCUCUCUCUCCAAAGCGAGAACGUCACUCUGGCAGCCUACUCAGCUGUGACGUCACUACAGGGAUUCCCCGCAUCUGUCCAGAAGUCGCUGCUGAUUGUCAUGACCCGUGCUCAGCUCUCCCUGCGCAUCACCGCCGGUGGGCUGUUUCCCUUCUGCAGGGAAUCCUUCGUCUCGAUUGUGAAUAUGUCUUACUCUUACUUCGCCAUUCUUCGUAACUUUAAGGACGACUAG